AUGGCACAAGGGCCGAAAAAGGAAUUCGAAGACUCAUCUGAAGAGGAAAACGAGAACUUCAAGAAUCUCCUUUUCAGCGAUGAAAUGAUGGAGUUUAUUAAUGCGAUGGAAUCAGAGGAGGAAGAAGAACCCUCCACAAGCCGCAAGCGCAAGAAGAAGCGCCGAGGGAAGUCCUCUUCGGAGGACGCAGAGCAGGAGGAUGGUCCCUCUACAAGCCGCAAGCGCAAGAAGAAGCGCCGCAAGAAGUCCAAGUCUCGUGACAGGGCCCGAAUGCCCGUAGAAGAUCCAGAGAUAGAUGAACCAUUUCGUAAUGACACCUCCUCUGAAGGCCUUUCGCCCUGUGCCCCGGUCUUAGAACCGUCGGCCAAUAUCCAGGUUGUGGAUUUCAAUGGUGUGGUGGAGCCGUCGGAAGCGGAGGGUCCUGGGAGUUCUAUGGCUAGUCAGGAGAAGUCAGAAUCUCCACCCUCCAAAGCAAUGGAAUGCGUGAUGUCCGAGGCAUCUUCCUCGAAAGUAGGUGAAGAUCCUACCAACUCUAUGGAUGAUGGUCCCUCUACAAGCCGCAGGCGCAAGAAGAAGCACAAGAAGAAGUCCAAGUCUCGUGACAGGGCCCGAAUGCCCGUAGAAGAUCCAGAGAUAGAUGAACCAUUUCGUAUUGACACCUCCUCUGAAGGCCUUUCGCCCUGUGCCCCGGUCUUAGAACCGUCGGCCAAUAUCCAGGUUGUGGAUUUCAAUGGUGUGGUGGAGCCGUCGGAAGCGGAGGGUCCUGGGAGUUCUAUGGGUAGUCAGGAGAAGUCAGAAUCUCCACCCUCCAAAGCAAUGGAAUGCGUGAUGUCCGAGGCAUCUUCCUCGAAAGUAGGUGAAGAUCCUACAAGCCCUACUUAUCUACCACGUGGACAAGAUCCAGAAGAUCCAGAGAUAGAUGAACCAUUUCGUAAUGACACCUCCUCUGGAGGCCUUUCGCCCUGUGCCCCGGUCUUAGAACCGUCGGCCAAUAUCCAGGUUGUGGAUUUCAAUGGUGUGGUGGAGCCGUCGGAAGCGGAGGGUCCUGGGAGUUCUAUGGCUAGUCAGGAGAAGUCAGAAUCUCCACCCUCCAAAGAAAUGGAAUGCGUGAUGUCCGAGGCAUCUUCCUCGAAAGUAGGUGAAGCUCUUACCAACUCUUCUUCUGGACAAGGAAAUGACCAGAGUGUCAUCUAGACUCUAUCAGAUGGGAAUGAUGAUGCUUUCUGCCGGAUAUCGGAAGCCCCUGAUGAACGAGAAAUCUAAGAAAAGAAGACCC